AUGGCUACCACGGACCUCACCUUUCUGCAUUUCAAUGAUGUUUACCACAUCGACAACCCCACCCUGGUUGCAAAGUUUCUAACAAAAUUGCGCUCUUGGCGUACCGAAUAUGCGCAAUCAAAGCCGUACACGAUUUUUAGCGGUGAUGUUUUCAGCCCGAGUCUCGAAGCAAGUAUCUUACGAGGGGAUCAUAUGGUCACAUUGCUAGAAGAACUCGGGAUUGAUAUUGCGUGUCUCGGGAAUCAUGAUUUCGAUUUUGGUGAAGAGAGAUUAAGAGAGUUGAAGGAGAAGACAAGGAUAGAGUGGUUAUUGUCAAAUGCGAUGAGCUCGAAUAGAGGACAAGACAAGGUGAACAAGAGUGUCUGUGAUGAGAUGGGAAGAUUGCGGGAGAGCGAAUUGCUUGCGGGGGCAAAAAUGUGGCACACGGCUGUAUUGCAAGGAUAUAAAGUAGGAUUUUUCGGACUGGCGGGUAGCGACUGGCCGUCAAACUGUAAAGGCCUGCCAGAAUGCUGCAUUAUCCCACCGGUAGAAGCGGCACGGGCACUUUCUCAGCAACUUCGUAGGGUCGAGAAGUGCGAUUUUGUUAUUGCCAUUACUCACAUGCGCUUGGUGGAAGAUCUCGGCGUCUCGGAGGCGUUAAAAGACCCUGCAGAUGAUUCUAGGAUAGACCUACUUCUGGGAGGACACGAUCAUGAUCUCCUAAGGAGAUUUGAAGGGGAAUUGACAUACGACGACCCUACCAUCAUUGACGCCAGUGUACCCAACUCUGAAGUAAUCACCGGGAAUACUGGCAUGACACACGAUGCCAAUGGGGCGGUUCGCAUCGUGAAGUCCGGGUCGGACUGGAAGAAUCUCAGCCUUGUGCGUCUCCAGGUAUCCCGGUCAGCCACGGGUGAUGCAACUCUGCACAACGUCUCCGUCGCGCAAGUCGCAGACAUGAACAAACUCGCUCACGACACUGACGCUUUUUCGUCCUCCCUAGCUGCAGUCAAUCACUCUCUCAAACACGUAAACGAACACAUGUCCACAUUCACCUCCCACGCACUCCUUCUCUCGCCCAUGCCCCUCGAAGGCACAGGCUCCAUCGUCCGCUCCCGCGAGACAAACCUCGGCAACUUCCUCGCCGACAUGAUUCGCGCAUACUAUGCCGUCGACAUUGCCCUUGUCAACAGCGGCAGUAUCCGCUGCGAUCGCCUCAUCCCCAGCACCACAAGCACAGGCCAGCCGCUCACAGUACGUGACAUGAUUGACGUUCUGCCGUUCAACAAUGCGCAUGUAGUCAAACGUGUCCCAAGUUCUGUUCUGCUAUCUGCACUAGAAAAUUCUGUCAGCGACGCACAUACCGACGGGCGCUUCUGCCACUUCUCGGGCCUCAGCAUCGUCGCAGAUUGGUCAGCACCUGAGAACUCGCGUGUAGUAAGUGCUACGUUCCAUCCUGGCUGCGGUGGCCAGCCGGUCGAGAUCUCGUGCGAUGGACAGCGAAGUUUUACAGUCGCGAUGGUGGGUUUUAUCGCGGAUGGAUUUGAUGGGUAUGGGUGCUUCAAAAGCUGCGAGACACUGGUGGACGAAGAGGGCGCAAUGUCGGAUACGGAGCUUCUACUUAGGGUGUUGGGAUAUGAACGAAGAGAGCAAGGGAUGCAUGGGGAUGAAGCUGGAAUUGAGAGGGCGAGAACCAUCGUGGUCAAGGAAUGGGUUGGAGAACCAAGGUUGCCGGUCGUGAGGCCCGAGGUGGAGGGGAGGAUUAGAUUCGUGGAUCGUGAGAAGGGCUAUAAGUUAUAA